CCUUUAACCCGGAAAUACUUUCGCAGCCUUGUCCACACAGCCCCCGAGAGAGAGAGAGAGAGAGAGGAAAGGGAAUCGUCGAUGCGCUGAAAGAAACGGAGGAUGUCGGAGUACGAAGCUGUCCAGCGAAGCGUUCUUCGUAUAAAGGGGGGCACCGACGGCGGGUCUGCGGGGAAACGAAAGAAGAAGAAAGAUAAAGAAAGAAGCAAGAUUGUAGACCAGAUUGUGAGCAGCAAGAAGCAGGAGGAAGAAGAGGAGAAGAAGCGGGCUCUAGACAAACGUACUCCAGCACAGUUGGCCUAUGAAAAAAUGCAGGAAAAGCGGCAAAUAGAACGAAUCUUGAAAAAAGCAUCCAAAACCCACAAGCAGAGAGUAGAGGAUUUUAAUAGACACUUGGAUACCUUGACUGAGCAUUAUGACAUCCCCAAAGUCAGCUGGACUAAAUGAGCACCUUUUUCAUCAACAUUUCCUUCUGAUAUCUUUUGUUUCUGAAAUAAGCAGACGUGUUGAGCUGCAACUCAUUUGGCAGAAUUGUUGUUUUCUUGUAACUUCCUUUUCUUGAUCAAACUUGCUUUUAAAGAGACACAUGGCACCCAUUACUUUGCGUAACUGGCAGUUAGCUGUUUAAGUUAUUUCUGCUUUAUUGUUGCACAUUUAAAGACAAAUUAAUCCUUGGCUAAUUAUAGACAAGAUCAGGCACAUACAAAACUUAGGAUAUAUGCAGUCUGUUGCUGAAAAGCAGCUCAAGGACAAUUUAAAUGCUUAAGGUGGGAGAAUUACUCUAUGUACCCAUUUUCUGAUUGCUGCAUUGUAAAAGUAUGCAAUAAAUAUAUACAAAAGGAAUAACCAUAUCAGCCAAA